UAUCUUUUAUGCACUAUUUAAAUUACUGUAACUUUUUAAUUUCUCAAUUAAUUAAGUAUAUAUAUAAUAGUUCAUAUCAAUCAUUACAUAUUACUAUGUAUUAAAUCUCUUGAUAAUACUUGUAUCAAAAAUAUAUAAUAGAAAAAAUUAAUCACGAAUAGUCUUAAAAUUCCAAUUGUAAUGUUAUUAAGACCAUUCGAAAUGAAAUUGAGUUUUUUUUAAUAAUGUCUGAUCAUCGAAAACUGUCAAGAAUCACAAUAAUGCAAAUGUUUCAUGAACUUAAACAACAAUUUCCAACUGUUCCAGAUGAAGUAGUAAAUGAAUGCAUUGUUAAAAAUUCAGUUAAUCGUGAGGCCUGUAUAGCAAAUUUAACUAUAAUUCAAAAAAAUUAUGUGCAACAAAUGUAUCCAUCAGAUAUUGUUGAUAAAAUGGCAAUUAGACCAAAAUCAUUGGAAAUGCUAUUAGACAACCAUUCUUUAACUAAUUUUUCAAAUAUAGAUUUUAACACUAAAAAUUGUCAAUCUCCAUCAAUAUCAGCACCAGCUACUCCUUCGCAACCAAUCAAUUGUGAACAAAGACAUAAAUCAAGUUUAUCAUUAGAUUCUGUAUCUUUAGUUGAUAUUCAAUGUAGACCUUUUACGUCUGUCAGUUUAACUCUAAGAAAACCUUUUAAAGAACAACCUUUACCUCCUUUGGAUCUGAUUGCUAGUAGUAGAUCAGAACUUACUUAUACUGCUUGUUCAUAUGAUCCAUCUAAUGAUCCUAAUAAUUGUUAUCAAUCAAGAUUACAUAUUAGUAUUGACCCUGAAGGUGAAACAACUGUUACAACUUCAAGAAUUAUGAUUUCGCCUACAGCUAUUACAUCUACUAAUCGAACAACUGAUACUCAUCUUCCUGGAAUAAUUCACACUGAUAACAUUUCACCUAGAACUAAAUUGACAAUAACUGCUCAAAUAGAAAGAAAACAAAAACUGGCAUCUGAAUUAAUUAUUGAAAAAGAAAAAUUAGAGAUUAUCAAAAAGAGUAUAGCUUCAUUAGAGGCAAAUGUUUCUAAUAAACACUCAAAAUUAAAAAAGGUUGAGCAAUUAAGAAAUGAUGUGGAAAUUCUAAAAUUGGAAUGUAAUAGACUAACUUUAAAAGUUAAUGAAGCAAAAGAUAAUACAGGAGAGUCAUAAAGAUAUAUCAAAUAAUAAGUCAAUAACAAUUUUAUCAAGUAUUUAUCAAAUUAUAAGCAUUUUAAUACAUUGAGUGUGUGUGAGUAUAGUGUACAUUAGAGCUUUGCAUGGACAUUAAUUUUGAGGCCAACAAUGCAGAAGAUUAUGCCCAACUCUUUGACCAGUUUACAAAUUUUUGUCUCUUCCAGGCCCGGUCUAUCAACUAUAUAUUUUUAGCCCUUGACUCAUUAGAUUUUUUACCUAGCCUUGACCAUCAGAUUUUUACAUUAUAUUAUAAUAAUAACUAUCCGAAUAAACUGUAAAUGUCCAGGUAUU